CGCUGUUCACCCUCUGACCAGCUGUUUAAGUGACCAGGCUGCCCGUGUUUGUUGCUGAAUACACAGAGACUAUGGACUGGGCAAUGAUGGACCUUUCCUGGACAUCGUGGGAGUUGGGGAAUCCUGGUAUGCACAUGGAUGGCUGCCCUGGAGAACUGCGUACCAGUUGCUGAACUGUCAUGAGUGUUUUGGUCCAGCGAAGUCAUUUUGAUGAAAAUUCUCUCCCGGUUAGAAGUCGCAAACAGUUUGUUUGAGCCAAGUGCUUGUCUCAAUCAGUUGGACAGGAAUGUAAAGAGCUCUGCUGAGUCUGGGCUGUGUCUGCUCUCCUGUUGCUGCUUUCAGCCUUCUCUUCCUGCAGCAGGACAGAAAGAGGGUUGUGUCUGUCCCAAUCUUCUUGCAAAUGGCAACGACCGGGGCAAGUGCUCUCCUAGACCCUGACGGAGUGGCCUCACUCUGUUUGAUGUGAGAGCAGAGCUGGAGCAGGCAAAGAAACUGGUGAUUAAAAUAAAGGGAAACAUGAACCAUGGAGCUGAGGUGAACUCUCGAAACUCCAGCAAGAACAAAGGGUGUAAGAUGUCGGCGCUACAGAAACUGGAGAAUCUGGCUGGCCGGAUCUUUUACUGGGGCCCACGGAGUGAUGCAGGGCUGCCUGACUGUGGAAACACAGCCUCUGAAUCAGAGCACACGGCUGCUUGGAAUGAGCAGAUGAAAGAGUUUCUUGCCAAAGCCAAAGAAGAUUUCCUCAAGAAAUGGGAGAGCCCAGCACAGAACACAUCCAGCCUGGAUCAUUUCGACCGGCUCAAGACCCUGGGUACAGGCUCCUUUGGGCGAGUGAUGCUCGUGAAGCACAAGGAUACAGGGAAUUACUUUGCCAUGAAAAUCCUUGACAAGCAGAAAGUUGUGAAGCUGAAGCAAAUUGAGCACACCCUCAAUGAAAAGCGCAUACUCCAGGCUGUGAACUUCCCAUUCCUUGUCAGGCUAGAGUAUUCCUUCAAGGAUAACUCAAAUCUGUACAUGGUAAUGGAAUAUAUCCCAGGCGGUGAGAUGUUCUCCCACCUACGGCGGAUUGGCAGGUUCAGUGAACCUCAUGCCCGGUUCUAUGCUGCUCAGAUUGUGCUGACCUUUGAGUACCUGCACUCACUAGAUCUCAUCUACCGAGACUUGAAGCCCGAGAACCUCCUCAUUGACCAGCAGGGCUACAUUGAGGUAACAGAUUUUGGCUUUGCCAAACGAGUGAAAGGCCGAACAUGGACCCUUUGUGGAACACCAGAAUAUCUGGCUCCUGAAAUCAUUCUGAGCAAGGGUUAUAACAAAGCUGUAGACUGGUGGGCCUUGGGAGUCCUCAUCUACGAGAUGGCAGCUGGAUACCCUCCAUUUUUUGCAGACCAGCCCAUUCAGAUCUAUGAGAAAAUUGUCUCUGGAAAGGUUCGCUUCCCCUCUCACUUCAGCUCAGACCUGAAGGAUCUGUUGCGUAACUUGCUCCAGGUAGACCUCACCAAACGCUUUGGCAACCUCAAAAAUGGAGUUAAUGACAUCAAGAACCACAAGUGGUUUGUUACCACUGAUUGGAUUGCCAUCUACCAACGGAAGGUGGAAGCCCCCUUUAUACCAAAGUGCAAAGGCCCUGGCGAUACAAGUAACUUUGACGACUAUGAGGAAGAGGAGAUCCGAGUGUCCAUCACGGAGAAGUGCGCCAAGGAGUUUGCAGAAUUUUAGGGCCAGCCCCCUCCCCCUUGCUUUGUGUGCCCAGGGAAAGGAAGGGCUGGAUUUGAUCAGCCCAAGGGCCAGAGUUCCUUGCCUAUAUGUUAAUUUUGGGAGGUGGGAGAGUGUUGGGGUUCACCAGGAUCUGUUUGGGAAGAAGAAAGAAAAA